GGCUCGUGCCAGCCGGAAGCCAUGAUUUAAAGCACCCACGCUGUUCAUCUAAAUUAUGUUGCCCAACCUCAUACAAAACUAGUACAACUUCCCCGUUCGUUGUUUUACGUGACCUCAGUCUGGGAAUUCAACUGGACCACUUCUCGAGUGCGUUUUUUACUGCAGGUUGUGGAAUGCUGCUGGACGAGACUCCGCUUUUUGAUCCCUCCCUGCUCCAGGAGCUAGACUGGAGUAGCAACACUGUCUCCUUCUCUCCCCCCAUCUCCGUGUCGAGCCCAGGGGAAGGCCUGGUGCUCAGGCCGCUCUGUAUGGCAGACUUCAACAGGGGAUUCUUCAAGGUUUUAUCUCAACUCACUCAGACAGGCGAUGUCACACCGGAGCAGUUUACAAAAAAGUUUGAGCAUAUGAAGAAGACAGGAGACUACUACGUCGUUGUGGUGGAGGACAUAAAUCUGGGACAGAUUGUUGCCACCGCCACUUUGAUCACAGAACACAAAUUCAUCCACUCCUGUGCUAAGAGGGGCCGGGUGGAGGAGGUGGUAGUCAGUGAAUCGUGCAGAGGGAAGCAGCUGGGCAAACUGUUAAUGUCAACUCUCUUUCUUCUCAGCAAAAAACUCAAUUGCUAUAAAAUCACGCUGGAAUGUUUGCCCACAAAUGUGGCUUUCUACCAAAAGUUUGGCUACGCUGCCUCAGAUGAGACUUACAUGCAGUGUCGAUUUUUCGACUGAGGACAACAGCAGCUAUAAACCUCCCUUUUUGGGGCAUGGACUGCACCUUUUAUACCCCACUGAUAUCAAAACCUAACAUUAACAAAGUGUCUUACUAAUUGGCAGAUCUGCCAAAGGAUGAGCUUGUGAUGGUGACACAGCUGAGACAUUCCCGAACGGUCAUCCUGAUUUCAGCACACUCGAGUUAACAUAAAUGUUGAAGUCCUCGGCCCAGUCCAACAUCAUCCUCCGCCCCUUUGCUAACCAUGGCUACCUCAUCAGGGUGGAGCCCUGUCAUCGUCAUCUCCCACCAUCUGAAGAAAGAGAUACUGUAAAUGUAAUGUGUCACUGUAAACAUUGUUAAUAAGUAAUUCGCUGUGUACUCCCACAGAAAAUAAGAAUUAUAUCUGUGAUUAUCGUGCAACUGUAGGUACAUACAAUUGCUUGGCAAAUCAAGAUGGUACCAAAUUAAGUUAUACAUCCGACACAGCUAAAUAAUUAUUUAUUACAGGCAACAGCUUCAAAAGUUCACUACAAAACAAUGUAUGGUUGAAGGAAUCACUUUGUCAUGAUUCAAACUGAGUCUCUCUGGGCUCUGUAUUGAUCAAGUCACCAAAGAAAGUCUUUCCUUUGUUCUUUAAAUGUGGAAAUUUGCUUCUCUAAGAGACUUGGGGUUUUAUGCUUCUUAUUUGUCCUCUUUGGUACACAUUGCUCUCUAUCCUGGCAGACUUUUCUUCCUUUGACAGUAAUGUCGCUGUGUAACUAUAAUGACAGUUUGAAGAUAAAAUGCAUUACUAUCCAGUCCAGACUGUUAUAAUGUUUAGUAUUUCGAGCAAACAGAAAGGUUUGUAUUUUGUGAGGAAGUGGUAAGACACUAGUGUCUUAAAGUUUUGUAUUUAGUCGAGAUUUGAAACGUCAUCACAACUGCAAUAAGGAUUGAUAGAUUUAUGAUGGGAAAUGGCUAAACCUGACUUUUGUAAGUGGGCUCUUAUUUAAGUUUUAUAAUCAUGCUGUUAUUCUGGAAAACGGGAACAUAUUUAAGGUAAUUUAUUUCCAAAUAUGUAAUAGUCACAUAAAAUAUUUUACAAUGUACCAUGUUUUCUUGAAUAUAUUUAUACUUAUUAAACAGGUUUCUGCAACAAGGCUGAUUUCUUUUAAUUAAAAUAAUCUUAUUUGUUGAAGCUUUGUUGUACAAAUGAGAAACUAUAGAAAGGCG